AUUUUCGUGUCGUCCCUUGCUUGUUAACCCAGGCUCCUAUUUUUCUCCGCAUAGUGUAGCAUCAAGUGACGCUUUUAUAUGGCGUUCGUGCUGCUGGUGCCAGCAGCCGGCGCAGCAGCUCUGGGAAUCAGAAGUCUGCUAGGGAAAAAGAAGUCACGGGACGACGCAUCGGCUAAGAAGCUCAUAGCCGACAAUAUGCCUGACAACGAGAACCCCCUGCCUGACACUUCUCCUGUCGACGGCUCGACCGAAAAGGAUAAUGCGGGCGACUUGAUCGUCAAAAAGAGCCUGGAGGCCAACGGAAACAAAACCGACGGCCCAGAUUCGCGCGAGGGAGCAGGCGAGCAGCCAGAGCAGCCGCUGACCGGGGGAUCUGAUUCGACGGACGCGACCAAGGGAUGUUCAAGCGGCGCGAAAAACGCAGGAUUAGGCGUGGGUAGCGGUGUGGGGGAAGAUACUGCGACGGAGAAUGCGGCUGGUGACAUCCCCGAGUGCGCAUUUCGCCAGGAUUCGCCGGAACAAGAAGCUAAGACGGCGGUCGAGAAAACACGGCGAUCUUCCAGCAACUGGAUUGAGCCCCCCGAAACGAAUCUGGCAAAUCAAACUGGCGUGGGCGGCGCGGGCGGAACGGUAAAUUCUUCCCUCCAUGACCGCACUACCAGCCCAUCGUCGGAGAAGUGCUUCUCUGGUUCCGUGGCGGAUCGCGCGCGCGCGGAGGACGCGGGGGAAGUCGCGGUGGAAGAGCUGGAGCUGCUGGCCAUGAUUGGCGCGAUCCAGGUGACGAAGAUGCGCGCGAACGCGAAACGAGCGUCUGCUGCUGCUUCGGCUUCUGCUGCGGGUGCGGGUGCGGUUGAGCCUGGGGGUUCGGGUGCGGCUGCGACUGCGGCUGCGGCGGGUUCGGAGAAUGCAGGAGAAGGCGUUGGAGAGAAUGUCGCCGCUAACGGCAAUGCCGUAACUCGGGGUCCAGCAGCCGGAGCUGACGUGGCGGGCGGAUGCGGGGACAAUACGGAUGUGACUGUGGCGGGAGUAGCAGAGCGUGCUGGAGACUCGCCGGGUGUUGCUGAUGGUGCAGAGGGUAUUGAAAGCCUCGAGAGCAGGCUGCAGGAGAGAGAGGGCCCAGGGGGCAAUGCGCGGAAUGGCGCGGGGAAUGGCGCGCGGAAUGGCGCGCGGAAUGGUGCGCGGAGCGGUCGCGGCAGCAGCGUUAGGAUCAAUGCGGCGACGUAUGGGAGGCAUAGGCGGGGGUUCGCAUUGCAAGGGAUGCAUGGAGAUCACGAGACGGCUCUGGUCAACGUGCUCAAGCAGCAGUUGCAGCAGCGGGAGCGGGAGGCGGAAAGGCGGAUUCGACGGGCGGAGGCGGAGGUGGAGGUGAGGGAGAGAGGGGAGGAGGUUGCGGCACGAGCAAGGCUGGUGGAAGAGGAUACCGUAAGGGUGUGUGGGGACAUGGUCCGUGCAGAGGUGCUGCUGAAUGAGGCUAAAGGACGAGAGGCAGAGGUGGAGAGGCGAGAGGCAGAGGUGGAGAGGCGAGAGGCAGAGGUGAAGAGGCGAGAGGCAGACGUCGAUAGACGUGAAGCCGAGGUGAAGGAGAGAGAAGAGGGAGUGAAGAGGAGAGAAGAGGGAGUGAAGAGGAGAGAAGAAGAGGUGGGGAUGGAAGAGGACGCGAGGGCUGGCGAGGUGCAGAGAAGGGAGGAGGAGGUGGGGAAGAGGGAGGAGGAGGUUGCAGCGGUGCAGAGGAAAGUGCGGGCAAUGGAAGAGGUGGUGAGUAAGCAGCUGCAGAUGGUGAUGGAGAGGCAGGAAGAGGUGGCACGGCGGGAGGAGACGGGCAGGGAAGAGGAAGAAGCGAUGCAGAGGCGGGUCUUGGAGGUAGAGAAGAAGGAAGGGGAGGUUAUGCGGAGGGAAGCAGAGGUGGGUGAGAAGGAGGCUGAAGUGGCUGAGAGGGAGCAGGAGGUUAGGAAGCGAGAGAGGGAGUGUGCAGCGAAGGAGGGAGAGGUGGAGGAGAAGGAGAGGAGGGUGGAGGAGGAGAUGGAGGAGGUGCAGGAGGCGAUGGGGCGGGUGGCGAGGGGGGCGGCGGGGAAUGUGGAGAAGGAGGCCGAGUGGGAGGAGGCGAGGCGAGAGGUGCACGGCAGGGAGGAGCAGGUGGCGCGUAUGAUGGAGGAAGUUCAGGGUCGGGAAGAGGAGGUGAGGAGGUUGCGAGAGGAAGUGGAGAUGCGAGAGACAGCGCUGGUUGAGCAGGAGAGUGCGCUGCGGAAAGAAAUGGAAGCAGCAACGUCCAGGAGGGAGGAUACGGAAGGAGAGGAAGAGCAGCAGCCGCAGCAGACGCAAGGGACGCAGGGGGAGGAGAUGCAGGAGAGACGGGAGGAGGGAGAGUCAGCAGCACGAGUGGGUGAAUUGGAAGAGGAGGUGGAGAGGCAACGGUGUGAGAUGAUGAAGAUGGAGGCCCUGAUUGCCGCUGCCAACGCUGAGAGGGACGAGCUGGUGAGGCAGAAGGAAGCAGCAGAGGCUGAGCUACAAGCGGCGGUUGAGAGAGCGGACAGAGAGAGGGAGAAGGCGAGGGAACUUGUGGCUCAGCAGCGGCGGGAGCAGGAGGAGAGGGAGAGGGAGGUGGGGAGGAGGGAGGCGGAGGUGGAGGAGAGGGUGGGAGAGGUGAAGAAGAAGGAGGUGGCUCUGGUGGUGGGCGAGAUGAGGGUGAAGGCAGAGGCAGAGGCGCUGGGAAGAGAGAUGGAUCGGCUUGCAUCCAUGGCUGCUGGGAACGCGGAGAAGGCGUUUGAGCUGGAUGAGAGGAGGGAGCUGGUGGAGCGGAAGGAGGAGGAGGUGGGGAGGAGAGAGGCGGAGGUGGAGCGGCGGAUGGAGGAGAUGGGGAAGCGGGAGAGGGAGGUGGAGAGAGAGGUGGAGGAGGCUGUUAGGAGGAAGGAGGGAGAGGUAGAAGCAGAGGAGGCAAGGGCAGAGGCCGAGAGGCUGAGGACGGAAGUGCAACGGAUGAAAGAGGAGGUUGAGAGAGCUGAAGAGGAGGUGAGACGGGCGAAGGAGGAGGUGAGAAGAGUGAGUGAGGAAAUGGUGGCGCUCACUGAGAGGGAUACUGAGCGGGAGACUGAGAGGGGUGCUGUGGAGGAGGGGCUAAGGAGGGAGACCUUAAGGCUGCAGGAGGAGGUUCAGCGACUGCAGCAGGAGGUGACGGAGGGGCAGAGUGAGAGCAGCAGGAUAGGGGAGGUUCUGAGGAGGCGGGAGGCGGAGCUGGAGAGGCAGGAGGAGGAGGUGAAGAAGAGAGUGAGAGAGGUGAUGGAUAAGGCUGGGAAGGUGGAGGAGAUGCGGAGGGAAACGAAAGCUGGGGCAGAGAGGAGGAGCUCGGAUGUGGAGAAGAGGUGGAGGGAGGUGGAGAUGAGGGAGAGGGAGGUGGACAGGCGGAUGGCGCUGGUGCGAAAGAAGGAGGCGGAGAAAGAGAAGGAGCUGGAGGAGGAGAUGGAGAGGGUGCAAGCAGCCACGGCCCGAGUGGCCAGGGGAUUAGCGGCAAAUGCUGCCAAGGAAGCGGAGUUGGGAGGGUUGAGGCGAGAGGUGGAGGAGAAGGGGGAGACGGUGCGGAGGAUGGAAGAGGAGAUGGGAAGAGUGAUGGGGAGUCUGAGGGUGAAGGAGGAGGAGGUGGUGAGGCGGAUGGGCGAGUUUGAGGAGAGGAUCGAGGCGUUGGGCGUGCGGGAGAGGGAGGUGGAGCGAUGGAGGGAGGAGGCGGAGAGAGUGAGAGUGGAGGCUGCUCGGGUGGCAGAAGCAAGGGCGGCGAAUGAGGCGAAGGAGAAGGAGAUGGAGAUGGUGAGGAACGAAGUGAGGGCCAAGGAGGGGGACUUGAGAGCUAAGGAAGAGGAGGUGAGAGGCAAGGAAGAGGAGGUGAAGAGGAAGGAGGGGGAAGUGACGGCGAAGGAGGAGGAGGUGGAGAAGCGGGAGGAGGAGGUGGUGCUGUGGGAGGAGGAGCUGAAGAGAGAGAAGGAGGAGGUGGGGGGGAAGCUGGCGGAUGUGGCCAAGAGGGAGGGGGAGUGGCAGGAGAGAGAGCGGCGCCUACAGGAAGAGGUGGAGCGGCUGUUGGUACUAGUGGAGCAAGCCGCGGCAGGAGCAGCAGCAGGAGCGGCAGCAGGAGCAGCAACAGGAGCGCGGUUUGACGGGGGUCAAGUAGCCGGAGGGGGGCGUUUCGAGGGGGCUCGAUCACCAGGGGCGAGGUUUGAAGGGGCUCAUAUGCCAGGGGGGCGUUUUGAGGGGUCGCUAAGGGAAGGGGGAGGGGGGGCACGGUUCGAGGGGAGCCAGCGGGAGAAGGCGCGCUUGGAGGCUCUGCAAAUGGCUACGGCGGACAGGGACAGGGUGAUGGGGGUGGUGAGUGGUAUGCUGCGAUCUCCAGGGAGCGCUGGGGCGGUGGCGGGGGGGAGUGUGAGCAAGGGCGGAGGGAUGGAUGUGCGGGGCAGCGGGGAUCUAAGGCUGAGGAGGAGUGCUAGUGGGAGUGGGUUUAGGGGGGGCAGUGUGUACAAGAGUGCGAGCACGUCUGCUUUGUCGCACAACAUGAGCUUUGGGUCCGCUCAAAAGUCGCCUCGUUUUCCCAAUAGCGCGAGGCCUGGUAGCAGUGGCUCGGGCAGUGGCACGGGCAGUGGCAUGGGCAGUGGCAUGGGCAGUGGCAUGGACAGUGGCAUGGGCAGUGGCAGGGGCACAAGCAUGGGUACGGGCACGGAAGCUGGAGCGGCAGCAAAUGCAGCAGCAACAGGUGGAGCAUGGGGAGAGAUGGUGGAAGACAACUACUUAUAUCAGGCCAGCUUCACCAGGCGCUGAUACAAGUCGGGGCCACGGGUGGUGUUGUCGUCGUGUGGGGAGUGGUGGGAGUGGUGGGAGGGGUGGGGUCACUCACUGCUCUGCACACCCUCACCAAAAUUGCCCCCCCACCCCCCCUCCUCUUCUCAUUCCAAGAUGGGUUGCGGUUUCAAAAACCCGCGGUCCGAACUGUCCAAAAAUUGAACAAUUGAACGGGGAGGGAGUUUAAGUAAGAACUGAAUGAUAAACUAGAAGUAGAAACCUAGAACAAACACUAGUUGGUUGUACUCACUAGAAGCAUACCCCAGUCUAGCCUAUAACUUGUACACAGCUAACAUGUAUAAGAUG